AUGUUUCAAGCGAUUCGGACUUCACCAGCAGAAUUAGCAACAUUGGUAUUCGUUGUUAUUUGCCAUUGUAAGUCUGUAUCGUCCGCAUAAGGACGAAUGGAUUGGCUCAGUUUAAAGGAAGAUUUAGCAAAACGUUUUAAUCAGAGAGAAGGCCUACCCUCAGGUGACUGACGAUUAAAGUUAGGAUAGCCCUGGUUGGCAAUAAUUCGUAUGUUCCAGUUUCUUUAAAAUAAAAUUUAAAAAAAGAAAAAAGAAUUAAAAACAAACAAACCAAUACCCAGUGUUAGCGUCUAGAGAGAAAUGAUAACAGUUUAUAUCUCCGUUGUUCACGACCUGGCUUAAAUUACUAUUUGGGACCUUAAGAUCCGACGACGGCGACGGGAACGGGAACGCCACAAAAGCAAUAGGUUUAGUUAGCAAAACAACAAUUUUGCACGUGCAUCACGCUUUUUUGUACAUUUCUGUGCCGUCACUGGACGACUACGACGUGAAAAUGCCUAAUUUCACGGUGUACAGAGGAAGCACACAAGCGACUACGAAAUUUCCUCUCUCUUUCUGAACUUGAAUAUGGUUCUUAGGAAUUCAACUUUAGGAGGGUUCGCCUACAUUUGACAAAGUUAGUGACUUGGAGUAAUCGCGAUGCCGAUUGAAAGAACGCGAAUUCACUUUUCCAGCGACGUUUUCCCUGCCGUCGUCGUCCUCGGAUCUUAAGGUCCCUAUUAACUCUAGCUCCCUUGGGGGAGGUGGUGCGAGUUUCGAGACAAACACCUUUAGCCGGCCUGGUAGAGUUAUCAAAAUCACUUUAGGCGAAGAGUGAGAAUCACCGCCACCUUCAGUGAAGUCGCAAUGUUAUGCGCAGUGCAAAAAGGGGAUUACGUUCAUAUACACUAUUGCAAUAACAUUGUAAUACAAAAAAUAAGACUAAAACAACAACAACAAAAUAAGAACACAGGAAAAACAAAACAACAACAAGAUUUUAUUAUCUCUUGUCAAGAGAGAAUGAUCUUGUCUAUAUAUGUCUCGUUUUCAUUCCAUCUAUACCACGGGGGCAGUUUUAAUGAAAAGUGUAUUUUGCUCUGACCAGCGUAACUGCAGUUAGACAUAAGUUUUGCAUUAAUUAAGAAAUUUGUUUACGUAAUAAGAGGAUUUGUUUAUACAUAUAGCAGAGCGAAAGAAUAUUUUAAUUAUUUUCAACUUUGGUUGGAAACUUGGACAGAAAUGACUCCUCAAAAUACCCACAACAAAUAAAAUAUGUAACCUCUUCUUUUCUUUUUUUUCUUUCCUUUAUCUUUGCCGAGUCACAUAAAUCUUAAUUUUUCAUUCGUUUCAUUUUUUUUAAAGACACCUACAGCGCCUUACGUACUUUGAUGAUCUUGAUAUGGAAGACAACAGGAGAUUAUCCUUCUUUCACGUAGUACCUAAUUCCACAUUCAGAAUGAAGUUUUGGCCACAGUGGAUAUCUUUAAUUCAAGCUUCAUAUCAUGGUGACCUCAAAGGUAUGUAUUACAGUCGAAUAAUAGGUACAAUCCUCUUCAACACCGAAGUAUACUAUUCAGAGAUCAAUGAAAUAGAUUCUGUCGCGGUGCAUGUUCGUAACAGGCCUACUGUUUUUUUCUCUUUCUUCCAGUCCGGAUUCUUGACCUCUUAAGCCAUUUGCUUAAGGUAUUUAGCCUUUGUGCUAUUGUAUCAAAGAGAUUAAACAGAGAUCCUUACAAAUUUAUUUUCAUUAUCUUGUUCACUAUCAUUAUCAUCAUAAUCAUCAUCAUCAUCACGAUCAUCAUCAUCAUCAUUAUUAUUAUUAUUAUUAUUAUUAUUAUUAUUAUUAUUUAUUUCUAGUUAAAAGACUAAAGUUAUCAGGAAUUUUCGGCAUUCUUUUAACCCCUAGUUAAAGGAAAUCGCUUAAAUCGCAACGGAUCAGGGAAAUAACCGCACAAGAAGCAAAAACAAUUAAGCAAAGUAAAAUAGGCGAGUUCCUGGCAAAUUGUAUUUUAUUGAAAAUUCUAGCGAGUAUCUUUUGAAUAUAUUACCUUUUUCAUGAAUUCUCAUCAAAUCCUUUAUCUUCACGGCCAAUUUCAGGAUCAUGCA